AUGCAUAGAGGCCCAGACGGUGUCAUCCGGGGGCGUGGAAAAGUCACAUGGUGUCUAAAGCUAAAGUGUGUUUAUCCAUGCAACCAGCGAGAAUCGAACUCAAGAGCUCAACGCAAGCCUGGGGGUAAGUCCACAAUAGUGCCACCUGAGCUACCGCAGCCCCAUUUUACCGGAGCUACAGGAUACAUUGGAGGUAGCCUUCUUGCGCGUCUACUCUGGCACAAAAAUGCUGCAUCAUCCCACAUUACAGUCCUCGUUCGCUCUGAGGACAAAGCACAGAAACUCCAACUUUUUGGUGUCGACACUAUCAUUGGUUCAUACACCGACGAAGACCUUACCUUUUUGACCGACGCUGCUGCAAAAUCCGAUAUCGUUUUCUCCCUUGUCGACGCAGACAACUUACCGCCAAGUAAAGCUAUCCUCGAUGGUCUGAAAUUGAAAUACGAGGCUUUUGGGAAACCGCCUGUCUUGAUUCAUACCUCAGGGACAGGCUUUGUGAUGUCGUCGGAUAUUCGAGGCCUUGCGGACGAGGAUAUUCCAUUCAGUGAUUUGGACGUCGAAAAGCUUGCGGCUAUCCCGAAAACUGCUCUUCAUCAGCACGUUGACGUCCCCAUUUUCGAAGCUGACAAGGCUGGAUAUGUCAGAGCAUAUAUUGUUACUCCAGGCACUGUUUUCGGAUAUCCUGUUGGUCCUUUCGUCGACAUCGGCAUACAGAAUUUGCAUUCGGUAUCUUUACCUUUCCUGAUCGAAGCAGCAAUCCGACGAAAACAAGGAGGGUAUUUCGGACAAGGGUUGAACAAAUGGCCACUGGUCGACGUAGAAGACACUGCCGAUCUGUACCUUCUGCUGUUCGAGGCCAUUCAAGCGAACCCUAACGGAGUCCCCAGUGGAUACUAUUUCGCCGAAAAUGGCGAAUACACGUCCAUCGAGCUCGCAGCAGCCAUCUCAGACGCUUUGGUCGACCUCGGUGUUGGAAGUACUCGGGAACCAAGCACUUUCACUAUCGAAGAAGAAGGUAGCAAGGUAUUUGAGUCAGUGCGACAAUAUUUCGGUACGAAUUGUCAUCCCAAGGCGGAUCGAGCCAGAGCUCUAGGAUGGAAACCGAAAGCAGGAAAGACGGAAUUUUUGGAGAAUGCGAAGGCGGAGGCGAAAUUCUAUGUUCAACAACCCCAGUAG